ACUUUAAACUACCUUUGAGUUUUAAUAAUUUUGUCACCUGUGCAAUGAAACAGUUGUUUACGUCAUUUUACCGAUAGGUCGCGCUUAAUUACAUGCUCUUUGUGCGGUUCCGUUCCAAAAGCUCAUCUGCACAGAAUAACCCUAAGAAGAAUGUCUGAAAGCAGCAUAAGCGAACCAAGGGACGACAUUUAUGACUAUAAGUCGACCUAUAUGAACGAUGAGGUUGACCAAAAUAGAAACGCCCAGCUACCCGUAGCAAGGGUCAAAAAAAUCAUGAAGGAAGGUGAGCACAGCGGAAUGAUAUCCGCUGAUGCCCCUGUGAUACUUGCCAAGGCAUGCGAAAUGCUUAUUAAGGAACUGACCUUACAGUCAUGGACAUGUACCCUUCUCACAAGGAGAUGCACACUCCAGAAACAAGAUAUAACAUCGGCUAUAUUUAAAAGUAACAUAUAUAACUUCCUCUAUGAUGUCCUAACUCCAGAGGAACUUCGACCAAAGAUGGAAUCGCAACUUUUGGCAACACAACGAACUCAAGGGAUCCACAUAAACCCUAGGGUAAAUUGCCAAAGGAACGGUCGUUUAUCUAUUCCUCCUGGCAUUCAACUAAUUCACGAAAGAUUACAAAAACGGAGUAUAAAGCAGAUUCACCCGUAUAGACUCCCACAACUCGGACCCGUCGCACCCAUUCAGGGAUACAUGCCUACACAAUACGAGGGCCUACCAAUUGCUCAAAAUCCAACCUACAUACCCACCAUGAACCCAAACCGACCCAUUCCAAUGCAACCACCAAUGAUGAUACACAGGAGUCAACCCAUUAGGAAUCCCGGACAAGUUAUUAAAACACACGUCACUCCAUACCAAACGCACUAUGUCAACACACCGCGGUUCAACGGGUAUCACGAUGAAAGGUUUGAUAACCAAUACUUUAUACCAAACAAUUUCAACUAA